CAUGAACGCUAGCUCUGGAUCUGGUAAAGAUGUUACAAAAUUUAGACAUUGAAGUUGCUUGACAAAUUUUUCUCUUAAUUAAUUGUAACCAUCUGCUUAGAUGUAAUAAUACUGAGUUCAUGUGAUACGUCACAGAAGUGUAAAGCAUCUGACAAGCCAGUUGAAGCGGUGGAAAGUUUUUCUGCCCGAUUUUACUGCCACAUUUCGUCAAACUCUAGCAAAACAAACUCGGGGAUAACUUGGUUGUCAAACGGAAAGAAAUUCAACAUCGUCUCAACGUUCAUUCAAGCCAACAAUCACUAUUUGUUGAUCAGUCAUGUACAGACAUGGAUGAGAGGAGAAUUUCAAUGUUGCUGGCAAGCCAGAUGCAGCAAUAAAAUACUAAUGAACGUCUAUGUUCCUCCCAAACUUCGAGGGCUUUCGCCAUCGCCAAAUACUAACUUUCCUCUGCAUUCGACUGUCACUAUGAUUGUAGAGAUCAAAUUCUGCCAGCGAAAUCACAUAACAAGCAAGAACAACUUUCACUGCCAUUGGGUCAAGGAUGAGAUUUUAGUCAGUGGUGGUACGUGUAACAACGAAGUAAAUACAACAAAGCCUACACAGAAUAUCACGCUAACAAAACCCCUCGUAGAAUCCAAUGAUACUGGUUGCUAUCAGCUACUGUUCAGCAAUGCAUAUGGACAUUGGCUUUCAAACAGACUGUGUGUAAAUGUUACAGGUCCUCUGCCACGAGUCCCGUACUCGGUAACAGCACAAGCAGUUCGGUUGACGUCUGGGGAUUCAGGCAUCAAUGUAUCUUGGACAGACUCAGUUUCAACACUUUCUUCUAAUCAUUUCAAUACUGGCAAAAUCAGACAUCUUGUUGUACAAUACAGAACUACUGGAGCAAGAGUGUGGAAAGAAGAUAUCAUUAAAACAGUCAAUAAUCACACUCACAUCAUUCGUCAUCUAUUACCAUGUGAGCCAUAUGAAGUGACAGUAACGGCUGUCAACCAGUUUGGUUCGAGUAAGCCAACACCAAUUACAGAAGUCACUACUACCCCAAAUUCAACAAGUCCACAAUUUAUUAUUGGGAAAGACUUGCAAAAGCUUCUGUUGAAGAAAUACAACUCGGACCCAUUGAUGGCUUGCAUUCGUACGAAUAUCAGUAAUGAUGUAAUUCACAGCCUUUGCAAUCUCCCUGCAACUGACUCUGGCAACGUGCCACAUUCGGCGCUUCAUCACGACAGAGUGUAUGUUACGAACUGGAAUUGCUCAUCUUCUUUAUCUGCAAACAACUGUUACUGGACUUGCCCACUCCUAAUAGCCACUUGCCCAAGUGGCUAUAAUAAGUUUUCAAUCAAACGCCAAUGUCAACAUGAAAAUCCCAAGCAUGAGAAAGAAAGCCAGAACAUAACAAUUGCUGUUGUGGUUUCAACAGUAUUGGGAUUUAUACUCAUCUGCUGUCUUGUGGCAUGUGUAAUAUGGUGCAAAAGAUCAGCACUAGCGACGGUGUCUUGGAAAACGAGACAUCAUCAAACUAAUGUCUGUCCAUUGUUCUGCUGUUGCUAAUUAAUAUGGACAGUACAGUGCCUGUUAGAAAUCUGAUGCCUGGAAUUCUCGCAAUCAUGUGUUCAGAUGACAUGACACUCACACUCUAACACAGUUCAAGUAUUUAACAAAUGCUGAACCGUCAUUGUGUAUUAUUGUAAAACAUAUAGAUUAAUAUGAACGUAUUUUUGUUGUUGAUUUCAAUUAAAAAAAUUUUUUACAGUG